ACCGAGGGUGGCCUACCGUACUAAAAAUGGGGGAUGUAAUUUGACCCACCAACCGAAAUCUCGUCUAAAGCAGACAAAAGGAGAAGGAUCGAGCAGAAGUUAGUCCAUUAUGCUAGAGAGAGAGAGGAUGAAGAGCAGUAGAGCACAGAAGAAGAGUGACAAUCAUCAAUGCAAAAAAAUGGAGCUGUCAAGAAAAGCUCUCACUUCCCCUUCUUCUCUCCACCCCCUCGUAAUCAUAAUCGGCUUCUUCAAUCCAAACCCAUGAAAAUUUAGGACCAAAUUGAUCUUCUUUUCGCCCCGCGAAUUCCUCCGUCCCCUCCUCCGUCUUCGUUCGCCGCUUCAGUUUCUGUUCACAUUUGCGUGUAAAUUCCACUCUCCCUGUCUCUGGACACCUGUCUCUACAACUGGAAUUCGCUUUCCAAUUUCCAUGCCGCCCAGUUCCCAAAGUUUCAGUCUUUUCCCGUAAUUCUGAGCUACAUUGUGAACCCAGGGGAAGAAAAAGGGGACAAAAGUAUAAUUUGAUUGUCGGCGAUGGCGGAAAGUGGGGAUGUGAGCCGACUGAGAGUUGGGUUGCUGUUGAUUCUGUGUUUCCUGAGACGGGUUCACGCCGUUACGGAUCCUAACGACUUCAAAGUGCUGAUGGAUUUCAAGAAGGGGCUGAAAAACCCAGAGCUUCUCCGGUGGCCGGAGAGCGGCGGCGACGAUGACCCGUGUGGCCCGCCGUUGUGGCCCCACGUGUUCUGUUCCGACGGGAGGGUGACCCAGAUUCAGGUCCAGAAUUUGAGCCUCGUGGGUUCACUGCCGGAGAAUUUCAACCAGCUCACCAAGCUCUACAACUUGGGCCUCCAGAGGAACGAUUUCGCCGGCAAGCUGCCCACUUUCAGAGGUUUAUCCGAAUUGCAAUACGCCUUUUUGGAUUUCAAUCAUUUCGACGCGAUUCCUUUUGAUUUCUUCGAUGGGUUAGCCAGCAUUCGAGUUCUCUCCUUGGAUAACAACCCUUUGAACCGCACCGCCGGUUGGUCUUUCCCGGCUGCCUUGGAAGGCUCCAGUCAGCUGACCAAUCUGUCCAUUUCCAAUUGCAGCUUGGUCGGGCCAUUGCCUGAUUUUGUAGGGAAAAUGCCGCUUCUGAACUCUCUGAGGCUUUCUUACAACCAGUUGGCGGGCGAAAUCCCUGCGAAUUUCGGGCAGUCUUCGAUGACGGUUCUGUGGCUGAAUAACCAGGAGGGAGGGGGGUUGAGUGGUACAUUGGAUGUUGUUAGUAAAAUGACUUCAUUGACAGAACUCUGGCUUCAGGGGAAUUCGAUCACCGGGACGAUUCCUAAUAGUAUUGGAGCUCUGGUAUUGCUGAAAAGGCUCAAUCUCAAUGGAAACAAGCUAGCUGGUGUGAUUCCUCAGGGAUUGGCUGAUCUUGAGCUUGAAAACUUGGACUUGAACAACAAUCACUUCAUGGGUCCAAUCCCAAAGUUCAAGGCAAGCAAGGUUAGUUUUGAUUCCAAUUCAUUUUGUCAAUCUAAACCGGGGCUUCCUUGUGCCGAGGAUGUCAAUGUGCUGUUAGAUUUCGUUGCUGAUUUGAAUUAUCCUGUGAGCAUUGCUUCUGAAUGGAGUGGCAAUGAUCCCUGUGGAGUGCCAUGGCCCGGGUUGAACUGUGAUGCUAACUCCAAAGUCUCUGUGAUCAACUUGCCUCGACGGAAUCUAACUGGUACUCUCAGCCCUUCUCUAGCUAAGCUCACUUCAUUGCUUCAUGUCAAUCUACAAGGAAACAAUAUAACCGGUUCGAUUCCUGAAAAUUUCACUAGUUUGGAGGCCUUAAGAGUGCUGGAUGUUAGUGGCAACAAUCUAAGUCCUCCAUUACCCAAAUUCCAUGAUGGUGUUAAGCUCGUCAUCGAUGGAAACCCUCUUCUGGUCAAUCAAGGUCAACCCCUUUCUCCUCCUAUUGGCUCUCCACUUCCUCCAAGUUCACAAGCCACUCCACCCGGGAGGAAGCCAAUUAUAAGGUCACCACCAUCGUCUUCUAGUGUGCCAUCUUUAGCCAAUUCAACUGCCCAAGUGAAGGAAAAAUCGAAAGGGAACAAACUGGUUAUGGUAGCUGGUUUUGUGGCAGGUUCACUAUUGAUUCUCUUGGUGAUUGGUUUGUGUCUAUAUUUAAGCUGUAUGAAAAGGAAGAAAGCAUCAGGGGCCUCGAGCUUGUUUGUAGUUCACCCUAGGGAUCCAUCUGACCCCGAACGCAAUUUGAAAAUUGCAGUCGUAAGUAACUAUACUGGGAGAUUGUCCAACACUUCACUGAGUAGCGGUACAACUGAGGGCUCUCGUAUGAUGGACUCUGGAGGCAUGAUCUUAUCAGUCCAGGUUCUUAAGAAGGUGACCAAUGACUUUGACCCAGAGAAUGAGCUUGGCCACGGAGGAUUCGGAACUGUCUAUAAAGGUCAACUAGAAGAUGGGACGAUGAUAGCUGUCAAGAGAAUGGAGGCUGGUGUGAUCAACAGCAAAGCCCUUGGCGAGUUUGAAGCGGAGAUAGCUGUUCUUUCUAAAGCUCGCCACCGCCACUUAGUCUCGCUUUUGGGGUACGCUAUCGGAGGAUGUGAGAGACUACUUGUCUAUGAGUAUAUGUCUCAGGGUGCUCUGAGUAGACACCUUUUCCAGUGGAAGAAGUUUAACUUGGACCCUCUUUCUUGGACGAGAAGGUUGAGCAUUGCACUUGAUGUUGCUAGAGGAAUGGAGUACCUUCAUAGCAUGGCUAGGGAGACGUUUAUUCAUCGAGAUCUCAAGUCGUCCAACAUUCUUCUGGGGGAGGAUUUUCGUGCCAAGGUCUCGGAUUUCGGGUUGGUGAAGCUUGCUCAGAAUGGACAUGAUUCUGUUGCUACUAAGCUCGCUGGAACAUUUGGAUAUCUUGCUCCUGAAUAUGCUGUAACUGGAAAGAUCACGACGAAAUCCGAUGUCUUCAGCUACGGAGUGGUGCUGAUGGAGCUCCUGACAGGGCUAACCGCGCUGAACGAAGAGCGUGCUGAGGAAACCCGGUACCUGCCAGACUGGUUUCGCCACAUCAGAUCAUCAGACCGAGACAAGAUGAUGAACGCCAUCGACCCAUCGCUCGAAAAGACCGAAGAAACAAUCGAGAGCAUCACGAUCGUGGUCGCGCUGGCAGGCCACUGCACCGCGAGAGAGCCCAGCCAGAGGCCCGACAUGAGUCACGCGGUGAACGUUCUUGCACCGCUCGUGGAGAAGUGGAAGCCGACCGAGGACAUCUCUCAGAACUUCGCCGGGAUGGAUCUCCAUGCUCCCUUAAUGCAGAUACUGAAAGUCUGGCAUGAUAAAGGCACGAGCAGCUCUUCGGACGAAGCUUCUUCGACUUCGGUGAGCUACUGUGGUGAUAGCAAGAGCAGCCACUCCGCUGGCGCGACCUGGUGUCCUGACUCCUUCAAUUCUGGUAAUUGUCGAUAAGUGAUUGUAUAUGCUUCAGUUUGUGCUAUGAUCCUGUCAAUGUCUCGUUGUAUCGGAUAUAUUACCAGGUUUUGAGAUGUGGAGAAUGUGACAUUUUGGUUUUAUGGUGUUGGUGGUGGAUGUAGAUAGAUAGAAACUAGACAUGCCCGUUUGUUGUUGAUUUCAUAUUAGUUUUGUUUUCGUUGGUUGAGUUGGCUAGUUUACUUUCAUAACAAGUUCCUUGAAGGUUGUGAUCGAAUUCGACUUGUUUUCUCUUUGUUUAUCUAAUGUGAUGCUUUCGCUGUAUGCUGCACUUGAUCUAUAGACAACCGACUUGACUCAACCCGAGAUUUGCUCACGUCGAAGCGAUGCAAUGUUUGGUUAAUGUACUUGGAAAGUUCAUUUAUGUCAUAUCUACUACAAGGAACACGUUCGUGGCUAAUCAUUUUUGCCUACUGA